AACUCCGCCUACAAAAUAAAAAUGGGGAAUGACAAGGAGCACAAGGAUAAAGAUAAAAAGAAAGACAAGAAGGAAAAGAAAAAAGAUAAGAGCCACAAAGAGAGAUCUAGUCACAGCAGACACAAACAUGAAAAAAGCAGACGUCGCACAGGCUCAGAUAACUCAGAUGAAGACAGGGGGCACCAUAAACAUCGCCAUCAUGAUAGUGAUAGAAAGAAGUCCAGGGGUCACCAAAGGGAUGAGAAGAGAAAGAGAAGUCCAAGUGCUGAAUCAGGGGAAAGAGAGAUAUCGAGUAAACAGCUGAAAAUUGAGACAGAGGACUUCAAUGAUGGUAGCACUCUUGACGAUACCUUAAGAAGACAAGAAGAAAGAAAUGAAGGGACCGGAGGAGAAGGAGAAAUGGAAAAAAGAGGAGGAGGAGGAGGUGCUGGCUUAGAACUGAGUAUUGAAGAGACAAAUAAACUGAGGCUUCAGUUGGGGCUGAAACCACUUGAUGUUGGGCCAAGGACAGGAGGAGAGAGUAAAGAAGGAGAGAAGACUGACAAUGACACUAAAGAUAAUGAAGAAGAGGAGGAAGAGGAAGCUCCUAAGAAGAAAGAAGACGUUCACGUUCCAGCAAAGAACAUCGGAGAAGAAAAAAAAGCUGAGAAGAUAAGAGAGAAAUUAGAAUUAAUGAGAGAAUCACGUAAUCUGGCAAGGAAGCUAGCUACAGUACGUGGACUAGGACAGGAUACGAGCACUGAUGAGAGUGCUACAAACUGGGUAACAAAAAUGAGGGAGAAAGAAAGGGAAAAGAAACUAGCUGAACAAAGGGCUCAGCUACUGGAAGAGAUGGACGGAGGAUAUGACGAAAAUGAGGAGAGGGUGGAAGAGACAAAGAAAGACAGUUAUUCGUCGCAUAAUUUAGCCGGACUCACUAUUGAGCAUAAGGAGGACAGGUUUCAAGAAGGAAGAGACGUCAUAUUGACACUUAAGGACACAAAGAUACUUGAUGAUGGGGAGGAUGUACUCGUGAAUGUAAGCAUGAUUGAUGAUGAGAAAGGACAGAGAAAUAUUGAAAUGAAGAAGAACCUUCCUGGCUACCAGCCCUACGAAGAGGAGUUUGAUGAAUAUGGCAAUCCCAUCACUCGUAGUCUGUUAUAUAAGUAUGAUGAAGAGAUUGAAGGACAAAAGAUACACAAGUUUACUCUUGGUGAUACUGGCCAGUAUGAUGUGGGUGACCUCCAGAGAGAGAAAGAGAGAGCACGCGAAGUCCUCGAGCAGAAAGCAAUAGCUCUGGAUUUGCCUCAACUUAGCGUGGCUUCAGAGUAUUACACAGAAGAGGAGAUGGUCAAGUUUCGUAAGAGGAAGAAGAGAAAGAGAAAAGAGAAAUUUAAAGUUGAAGACCUUGUUAGUUUGGAUAACGAGGGAGGAGGAGGUGAUGGCAGAGAUCAUGGCUCAAGGCAAAGAGAUGCUAUCAGUGAUGAGCCAAUGGAAACUAACAUUAAACCAGAUCCUUCAUUACUCGAUGACACUGACACAACAGUUGACACUGCUUUAGAGAGGACAAGGCGUUUGUUAAAGCGCAAGACUGCAGUACCAGACACUACUGGGGCAGCUCGAGUUGCCUCUAUGCUUGUUCCUAAAAUAAAGACAGAGAAAAUGGAGGACGAAGAUGAAGAGAGAUUGGCUGGAGAGGCUGAGAAUGGACUGAUAGUUAUUGAUACUACAGCAGAAUUUUGUAGACAAAUAGGAGAAGAAGAAUCUGAAUUAGACAAAAGUAAAUGGAAGAAUGUUGGGGACACAGAGUUAAUGGAAGAAGGAGAUCAGGAUAUUGAUGGUGGCUGGUCUGAGAUUGAUCCCAACAACAAGCAAAAUGAGACUACACUAGAAAAACCCGACGUCUUAGAACUGGAAGCUAAGACGCAUUUGACUGGAGUAGCAGCUGCACUUCAGAUGGCUACCAAGAAAGGUUUUAUAGACUCUGAGAAAGAUAAAGAAGCCAUUAAAAAGAAGAAAGGAGACUCUAAGACCAUUAUUGAAGGCCUUGGGACAAGAGAUUGGGAAUAUGAGAGAGACAGAGGACGCGAGAGGGAGAGAGAUAAAGACACUCAUGGGAGGGAUAUGGCAUUUGUAGAGAAGAAGGACUACGUGCCUGAAGUUAACAUUGAAUAUGUGGAUGAUCAUGGAAGACUCCUAACAGCUAAAGAAGCAUUUAGACACAUGUCACACAAAUUCCAUGGGAAAGGUCCAGGAAAGAAGAAAGUUGAAAAACUUAUCAAAAGAAGAAAAGAAGAUGUGCUUCUUAGUAAAUCUGAUGCUGGUGAUACUCCAUUACAGUCGCUUGAGUUACUGCGUAAGAAACAGGAGGUCUCCCAAUCAGCUUAUGUAGUGUUGACUGGACAGCAACACCAACAACCAAUGCACAUUGCUGAGCUGUCAAAAAGAAAAUGAUCAAUUGACCUUUUUGCAUCUAGUAUAAAAUGAACUUUUAAUACGAUAAAUCUUCACACUGUAUACUAACAACACACACAAAAAAA